AAGUCAGUUACACGGAUCAAUACUAGAGGGCCUCGUGUAUCUCACUCUCCCUAAUUUUAAGAACUUGAUUUCAAUAAUAAUCGUUAGAAGUUUGAAAUUGGCUCUAAUCAGUGUGUAAUUUUGGUUUUCCUAACAUACUUUUUAGAUACCUUGAGCUUUGCAAAUAUUCAAAGAAUGCCUCCUGUGGAAGUAUGCAAAGAGGAGCAAAUCCGGCCAAGCUACCUCUUCACGGAGUUACGGUCGGCUGAGAAUUGGUUAAAGCACAAACACCUGGAUGACAAUCUGCAAGGACUGUGGCGCAUUCAUGACGGAUUGUACGAUUUGAGCGGUUAUAUUGAUAAACAUCCAGGAGGUCGACAAUGGCUCGAGAUUACUAAGGGGACGGACUGCACGGAGGCGUUUGAAAGCCAUCAUUUGGGAAAGAAGGCCGAGAAAAUUCUACCAAAAUUCUUCGUAAAAGUAGCGUCAGCACCAAGAGGGGUGGACUACACGUUCUUGAAGGAUGGAUUCUAUAAUUCUUUAAAGACGGAAGUGAAAUGCGUUUUAAAAACCUUGCCAAUCAAGAAAAUUGAAGCCCAGUCGAAGAUUAUCAUGGACGCAAUCGCUUGCACGACCCUCCUUUUGGUUGCUGCCGCUGCCUAUGAGAGCAGUUACACCAUUGCGACCGUCAGUGGAGUCCUCCUCGCGUUCACGGCCAAUGCAGGUCACAAUUUCUUCCACAAGAAGGACAACUGGCGAAUGUACUACAUUCAUUUGAGCCUCCUAUCUGUUAGAGACUGGCGGAUAUAUCAUUGUCUCAGUCAUCACGUGUACACGAACACACUUCAAGACCUGGAGCUGACUUCUUUCGAGCCAUUUUUCGAUUUCACUCCAGACCCCAAGAAAAACUGGAUUCAGCGGUUUUUGUCCUGGGUUUAUUAUCCUUUUAUUCACGCUACGAUGUGUCACGCAGAGUUUUUCUCCAGAUGUUACCAUGAAACUCUCUCAAAGUCAGAAUUGUUGAUUGCCCUGGUGAUUCCCACACUUAUUUUUGUAGCUAAUGGAGGAUACAUCAUAUCAGCUAUCUUUAUGUGGACUUGGAUUAUAUGUGUUGCAAGCCUCUUUCAAAACAUCACUGAUAUAGUUGCAACUCAUCGCUCUGUGGAUUUCGUGCAAGGCGAUGCGCCGAGGAGAGACCGUGACUGGGGUUUGGCUCAAAUCGAUACAACGAAAGAUAAUCAAAGGCUGAUAGGAAACCAUUUUUUCGCCCUCGUCAUGUUCGGCGAUCACACGCUGCACCAUCUCUUCCCAACAGUGGACCACGGCGUUCUCAAGUAUCUCUAUCCGGUUUUUUUGAGGACCUGCGAGAGAUUCAAUGUCAAGUGGGAGACACAAAGCUCGUCCCGGUUAGCGACAGCUGAAUUCCGAGCUUUGGCCAGGAAUGAACCCAACAGAAACCCUCCGCAUCAUGCAACCCUGCAUGGAAAUGCAACUAUGCAGGAUUAUUAUGAAAUAAGCCAUCUGCAAAAGACCUUAACACCAACUAAACUUUUCCUGAAAGUAAAGUCACAUACCAUCGUCCAUGUCUUCAUCCGAGAAGGAAAGCUGUCUGAAUCCUCCGGCAACUGGCCAACUGGCAGUAAAUGGCCCCGAGUGUUUAAUGCAUUUUGGAUUCCGUUUGCUGUAAAAAAAAGAAAGAAUUAAAGGAUUUGUCUUACAAUUUCGAAUA